AUGGACGGCGCGAGCGAUGGCGCGAUACACGACGUCGUCGUCCUCGGCGCCGGGUUCGCCGGUCUGUACGCCGCGCGGUGCUGCGCGAUGGCGACGCCGGACGCGCCGACGCGUCCGGGGGCGAGCGGCGGCGAGGCGACGAGACGGCGCGAUUUCGAGGCGCUGCGGUGCGUCGUGCUCGAGGCGUCGAGCGAGGUGGGCGGAAGGGUUAAAGUCACGCGCGAUGUCGCGCCGUGGGACGUGAAUCUCGGACCAGAGUUCUUGCACGGCGAUGAAAAUAGCGUGCUGAAGCGAUUCGUGGACCACUGCGGGUUCGCGUGCGCGGAGAAGGAGUGGCCGGAUCGGUACUAUUUAGGCGACGAUAAAGCGCUGUUGAGCGCUGAACAGGCGGAAACGACGAAUGCGGACGUGAAGCUGGUGCACGAGCUGUUUGAUAAUCUCCCAGGGGCGCCGGGUGAUGGAGAUAAAGACGUCACGGCGUUGGAGUGGUUGACGAAGACGGUGGCGGCGCCCGAGCGCGUGAUUAAAUUGGCGGAAAAUAUCUAUGCGAAUGACUUUUGCGCGUCGCUCGGGAAGUUGGGAAUGCGCGAACUCAUCGAGGAGAAGAAGGGGUGGAUUUAUGGGGAAAAGUACUUGGUGCUGGAUCGUCCAUUGCGAGAGGUGGCGCUCGCGCUCGCCGACGGCUUGGACGUGCGAUUGAACUGGGAGAUUGAACGCGUGGAUUACUCACAACCUGGACUCGUGCGCGUCGUGCGUCGAGGUGGGAAAGAUGUCAUCACCGCGCGAAAAUGCAUCGUGAGCCUACCCAUUACCGCCCUUCGCGGAGGAAACGCGAAGAAUCGAGUAGAAUUUAUUCCGAGGCUGCCGGCGGCGAAGACGCGAGCGGCGGAAGCCAUAGCGAUGGGAAACGCGGCGAAGAUUUUCAUCGGUUUCAACAAAAUUCUCUGGCCGAGCGACAUGUUUGACGUUGUCUGUACAAACUGUUUCUUACCCGAAUUUUGGAUCACAGAGUAUCCGAAAUCACCCCUAGCGAGAGAGGCGAAGACGAGCGAGGAAGCGGAGCGAAUCGCGCAAACUGUGGGAUUGGUGACGUUCUUUAUCGCCGGUGAUUUGGCGAACGAGAUUGACAAAAUGGAAGAAAAGGUGGUUUUUGACCGAGCGAUCGAGCAACUUGAUAUGAUUUUCAACGUUCCGUGCAAAGAACACGUGACGACGAAGAAAAUUGUCAGCUGGUCGCGCGAGCGAUUGGUGCAGGGCGCGUACACGCACCCAACGGUGAACGCAGGAAAUUCGAGGACGCUAUUAGCUGCGUCUAUAUCUGACACUUUAUUCUUUGCCGGUGAAGCGACGCACACUGGGGUUAACCCGUGCUUGCAGGGGGCGAUGGAGACGGGCGCGCGCGCGGCGGCGCAAGUGCGCGCCGCCGUGUUCGGCGUCGGUUCGAGCAAGCUCUAA